CUCUCCUCCUAGGAAAUAUGGACUCUGAAGAUGCUAAAUAAAUGGGCAGGAGUUUCCCUGAAAAAAGCAGGCUCACUGAUUGGCUGCUGUUUGCGAGGUGCUUGCCAAUCGGAGCACAACUGGGCAUCGGCACUCUAAACAUAAGCAAAGCUACAUGCUUAUUCUUUUUGACUUGAACUGAAUGCCAGGUAAAGGUGUGCAAAGGAGCUCAUGAAAGAGCAUCAGAAACCAUCUGCUGCUCAAGAAUACAGUUCUUAUUGCAGAGAAGCAUUAAGUCAUUCCCUCGCUGUGGUACCAAAGAGAAGGAUGGAGCCACAGGAUUUCUGUAAUGCAAGUGGUGAAAGAGCAAAUAAUGAGAGCACUGACCACAAAGCCUAGUUCUCUGGACCAGUUCAAAAGUAAACUUCAAAACCUAAGCUACGCAGAAAUUUUGAAAAUCCGUCAGUCUGAGAGGAUGAACCAAGAAGACUUCCAGUCUCGUCCAAUUUUGGAGUUAAAGGAGAAGAUUCAGCCUGAAAUUCUCGAGCUGAUUAAGCAACAGCGUCUGAAUCGUCUUGUUGAGGGGACCUGCUUUAGGAAACUCAACAGUCGACGGCGGCAAGACAAGUUUUGGUAUUGCCGACUCUCGCCCAACCACAAAGUUUUUCAUUAUGGAGACUUAGAAGAGAGUCCCCAAGGAGAGGUUCCUCAUGAUUCAUUGCAGGACAAGCUGCCUGUAGCAGAUAUAAAAGCAGUUCUGACAGGGAAGGACUGCCCUCACAUGAAGGAGAAAGGAGCCCUAAAACAAAACAAGGAGGUGCUGGAGCUUGCUUUCUCUAUACUGCACGAUUCCAACGGACACCUGGAUUUCAUUGCUCCUGACAAGCAUGAGUACUGUGUGUGGACAGAUGGCCUCAAUGCCCUUCUUGGAAAGGAUAUGAUGAGUGAACUGACACGCAAUGACUUGGACACUCUGCUCAGUAUGGAGAUUAAGCUUCGUCUCCUGGACCUGGAGAACAUACAAAUCCCUGACGCUCCCCCACCCAUUCCGAAGGAGCCAAGCAACUAUGACUUUGUUUACGACUGCAACUAAAGCUACUCGGCCUGCUGGGACUUACAUUUAAACUGGAAUUAUUUUAACUGGAGAGAUCUUUGUAAAAAAAGAGGAAGAGAACAAGAUAUGCACAUUGGACUUCAUUGUGGGGGGGGGGACCAUAAAAUACUUAUUUCUCCCCAUGACACACCUUGCUUUUUACCUUGCUCUCUAACCCUGUCCUCCCCUGUUUGCUAGUCAAAAACAGUGCUUUCAUUGGCCACCAGGUGAAAUCAGAUGAAGAUUCCAACUUAAGAGAUGUUCCCUGUUGCUAAAAUGCUGGAAUACACAUUCCAAUUUAAAAAAAAGACAGUGUGAGCAAAAAUGCUUGACCACUAAAGCAAAUUCAACAUUGCAGGUGCUCUAACUGGAAUGGAAGAAGUAAGAAAAGAGGUGAAGCAACCAUAAAUGGAGGGCAGUGAGUGAUGUCUCCCCCACCUUAUACCCAUUGCAGCAUUGGCUCAGUAGCCAGCUUCAAUGAAAAUAAAGAUUAUUAACUGCUUUCAACUUCUACACUCUUGUUAUCACGACUCACCGUUACCACCAUUUCCAUUAACACCAGCAACUUCCCCCAUUUGUGCUGUGUCAAAUGACUGUUUCUUUAGGAUUGAAGGUUUUUCAGCAGUUAUUUCUAACCUUUUAAUAGCGUCAUCUUAAUGACUCCCCUCCUCAACAGAUUUCCACGCCAUUUUAUGAACCCAGUUGCUGUUUUAUGUCCCUGUUGUACAAGUAUAAUCACAUAUCAUUAAAACUGGUGGGUUGGGUGGUUGUUCUUGUUUGUUUUGGUUUUGUUCAAGUUGGGAUUAUUUUGUGUUCAGAGCAGCAGACACCAUAGACACUGAAAACUGCCAUGUGUUCUGGUCCAUGCCCUAGAAAAUUGGAGGGGGUUGCAGAUUUACCAGAGAUUUGUUUUUGUACAAAACAUUUGAAUGGUUUUUGCCAAAAAUAUAUAUAUUUAAUGAAGGAGAAAAGUAUAUUGUGUGUACUUUUUAAAAAAAUGGACUUUUUUUUUGUUUUUAGUUUCUGCGUGGUCCCCUGAUCACUUGAUUCGGGGCAAGCAAAAAAUGCAUCUACAUUCCCAUUGACAUUGCUGUUGAAUAAAAUUGGACUUGUGCUUA